AUGCAAAGAGAGACAAUGAGUAACAGAACAUUUGGUCACCUAUGGGAGAAUGGUGUAGGUUGUCCUAUCGGUACGGUUCCUAUACUUCGAGUCACGAAAAACGAUCUCUUGAGACUGAAAUCAUUUGGUGGCAACAAUUAUAAUCCACGAGGUUCAUGGAACAACACUUACCAAGCUAUGUCUUCCGGCGAUGGACAUCAUUUUGCUGUGACGCGAACUAAAGGAAAAGCAAAGAGUUACAAUGGAGCGUCCAUGAAUGUAGGUAUAAAAUUUCCUCAGGUCGAACCUAAUCAAUACAGCGCUGCUCGAUUGUGUAUUAAGUUCGGAAAUGAAUUAAUCCAAGCUGGCUGGACUGCAAGAGGUAAUGCGUGUUAUAAUUCUGCAUGUUCAGCUGGAAUAAUUAACGUCCGUCACGAUAUUCCUGUUGGUAUGCCUCUCGAUCAGGAGAGAAAAAAGAGAGUAGAUAUUGACAUUGCCGUAAUCAAGGAUCGAGCUAACGGGGCUUGGUGGCUGCUCUUUAACACCACUUGUUGCACCCGGGAAGAAAUUGGGUUCUGGCCAGCAAAGAGGUUCAAAGAGAGCUUUGGGACGUUUGUAGAAUGGGGAGGUGAAGUGUUUAGCAUUUCCCCUCCAAGUCCUCCGAUGGGGAACGGCAAGUUUCCAUCGGGAGACCCUCAUGUGGACGCCUAUAUACGUCGGCUCUCGAUAGUUGACGGAAACUAUAAAAUGGAUGAUGUUGUGGAGAACACGGAGAAUUAUUCGGACAACACUCGUGGCUAUAAAGUGAGAGACGCAACGGAGACAUGGUGGACUGAAACAGGUCAUCUUGUCAUUUACGGAGGCCCCGGAAAAAUUUAG